AUGGACGGUGAAAUAUCGUUUGAUGUAUUAUUUGGAGGUAAUCCUUUGCCUAUCACUCUACCUCUAGGUGCAACCGUUCUCGAUUUGAAAGAUAUGCUAGAGAUGUACACAAAUGUACCCGUACAAAGACAGAUGUUAUUGAACUUGGUCGAUAAUAAAGAUCAGACACAAUUGGCAUCAAUGGAUUUGAGUGGAGUUGAAAUGGUAGAAGUUGAGAAUAACGAACAACAGCAACAACAACAGCCAGCUGCGAUAGAUCCACCAGUGAUUCCACAACCACCACCUCCAAUGAUGGUGGAUGAUGUUGAUGAUGUUGGUCAAGAUGAUAUGCUGAUAGAUCCACCCAAUAUAGUCGGUGGAAACAACAACAACAACAUUAAUAAUCAACCGUUUAUCGAUGUCGAUGAGGAUAUCGAUGACGACGACGACGAUGCCGACAACCAGAUCUUCCAGAACAACCGGUACGCCACCAACUACUUCCCGAACAACAACUACAACGAUAGAAUAUCACCGCAUGCACUCACCGAUUUUCUCGACCAGCUGUCGUACCCCGCCUUCUCCAAUGACAUCUUCAACGAGUUUAAGAUCCUAGUGCCACAAACCUUUGAGGGAUCGUACAAAGAGGCACUAUCGCAAGCCAAGCGAACCGGUAAGCUGGUACUGACCUACCUGUACGACCCUAACAAUCCCGAUUACACCUCAUUCUGUUUCGAUGUGCUUCAAACCAAUGAAGUGUUUGAAUACGUCAAGAAUAACUAUGUGUUCUGGGUCGGUACUGUCGAUACCGACUCACUCAUAUUCCUCGUCAAUCUAAUGCCAAGCUUUGAGACACUUCCAAUCAUAUCGAUCGUCCACAACGCCGGUGGAACUCCACAAGUCCUCCAACUUCUCCAAGGUGAAACCGACAAAGAUAUCAUUUACAAUCACUUGGUCACUGAGUAUAGUACUAAAAUGGCAGAGUUAAACAGAGUAAAAGCUGAGGAAGAGGAGAAAGAAUCACAAAGAAGAAUUGUAGAGGAACAGGACUUGGCUUAUGAAGAGGCAUUGAGAGCAGAUAAAGAAAAGGCAAGAAAGGAAGAGGAGGAAAAGAGAAGAGUCGAAGAGGAGGAGAAACAAGUACAGAACAAAAAGGAACAAAAGUUGGGAAGAAUGGCAUUGGUGCCACCAGAACCAGCAAAAGGACCAGAGGCCACUCAUAUCAUUUUUAAAUUACCAGAUGAUUCAAAGAUUGAAAGAAGAUUUAACUCAACUGAUACAUUACAAACAUUGUCAGACUUUUUGGAUGGAUCUGGAGUUGAUUUCGAAGGAUAUCAGUUUAUUACUAUGUAUCCAAAGAAAGUGUACACAAAGAAAGAAUAUAAUUUGACAUUGAAGGAGACCGGUAUUCAUCCACAAUCGAUUUUGAAUGUUAGAGAUGAGUCGGAUUAG